UGAGGAUAAUGAUGAUGAUGCCGCUGCUGAUGUCAUCACCACCUCCCAGCAUCCCUGGAACAGCAGCACCGCCAUUUUCCAUAGUUUCAGACUGACUGACGGACAGACCGACGACGGGCCGCUGGAGCAUCCUCCUGUUUAUCCAUCCGGCCCUCCCUCCUCCUGUUUCACACCGCUGCUUCCAACACCCUUCGCUGGUGCUGCUGAAGCUGAGGCUGACUCAUUCCCCAGUGGAUCCUCCAUGUAUGGAUGCUAAGGAAAAAGAUGCUGUAGGCUGACCAAAGUCACUUCGUAAAACGAGGAGAUUGAAGAAGGAGGCACCGGAGGAUCCGGGCGCUGCGUUGAAUGGGCAGAGGAUUCACCCUCUGCGGUCGUCGAGUGUGAGUUGCUGAGGUGCCAGGUGUGCGUCACACAGAUCUUCUGCUCUCCUGCUCACUCACACACCGUCCUGCAACAUGGCGACGGCUUCAGUAAAGGUGGCUGUGAGGGUCCGACCCUUCAACUCCAGAGAGAUCGGGAAAGACAGCAAGUGCAUCAUUCAGAUGUCAGGAAACACAACCACCAUCCUGAAUCCCAAACAGCCAAAAGAAAACAAGAGUUUCAACUUUGACUAUUCUUACUGGUCCCACACCACGCCUGAGGACAUCAACUAUGCAUCCCAGGUGCAAGUAUACAAGGACAUCGGAGAGGAGAUGCUGCUUCAUGCCUUUGAAGGCUACAACGUGUGCAUAUUUGCAUACGGCCAGACGGGAGCCGGCAAGAGCUACACCAUGAUGGGGCGACAGGAAAAGGACCAGCAAGGAAUCAUACCUCUGCUGUGUGAGGACCUUUUCACCAAGAUCCAUGGAAGCAAUAACGACAACAGCAUGGGUUACUCUGUGGAGGUUAGUUACAUGGAGAUCUACUGUGAGCGUGUUCGUGACCUGCUGAAUCCCAAGAACAAAGGAAACCUGCGAGUCAGAGAGCACCCUCUGAUGGGACCCUAUGUUGAAGAUCUGUCCAAACUAGCCGUCACCUCGUACAACGACAUCCAGGACCUGAUGGACUCUGGAAACAAGGCCAGGACUGUGGCAGCUACCAACAUGAACGAGACCAGCAGCCGCUCCCACGCCGUCUUCAACAUCAUCUUCACACAAAAGAAACACGACAUGGACUCGGAGAACACGUCGGAAAAGGUUAGCAAGAUCAGCCUGGUGGACUUGGCUGGCAGUGAAAGAGCCGACUCAACCGGAGCUAAAGGAACCAGACUGAAGGAAGGAGCGAACAUCAACAAAUCUCUGACUACACUGGGGAAAGUUAUUUCUGCUCUGGCUGAACAGGAAUCAAUACCACCAAACAAGAAUAAGAAAAAGAAGAAGGUGGAGAGUUUCAUUCCCUACAGAGAUUCAGUUCUGACUUGGCUGCUGAGGGAGAACCUGGGAGGAAACUCUCGUACAGCCAUGGUGGCUGCCCUCAGCCCUGCUGAUAUUAACUAUGAUGAGACCCUCAGUACACUCCGGUACGCUGACCGUGCCAAACAGAUCCGCUGUAACGCUGUGAUCAACGAGGACCCCAACAACCGUCUGGUGCGUGAGCUGAAAGAGGAGGUGGCCCGCCUCAGAGACCUGCUGUUUUCACAGGGUCUGGGAGACAUCAUAGAGACGUAUCGCUGCACCGGCCCCGACAUCGCUGGUCUGAAAUACCUGUGCGAUUACAAGAACUUUGUGAAUAAUCGCCAGGCUGUCAAUCAAAGGGGUGAUCUCUCCGCAGUGUCCAAUGCCAUGACAGGAAUGAGUCCCUCCCCCUCGCUCUCGGUCCUGUCCAGUCGCGCAGGGUCCAUCAACAACCUCCAUGACCGCAUCUUCAGCCCGGCAAGUGAAGAGGCCAUCGAGAGGCUCAAGGAAACUGAGAAAAUUAUUGCAGAGCUAAACGAGACAUGGGAAGAGAAGCUGCGGCGCACGGAGGCCAUCCGUAUGGAGAGAGAGGCCCUGCUGGCUGAGAUGGGUGUUGCCAUGAGAGAAGAUGGAGGCACUUUGGGCGUCUUCUCCCCAAAAAAGACGCCUCAUCUGGUGAACCUGAACGAAGAUCCGCUGAUGUCGGAGUGUCUGCUCUAUUACAUCAAAGAUGGCAUCACCAAGGUUGGCCGAGAAAAUGCCAAGACUCGCCAAGACAUUGUCCUCAGCGGCCAUUUUAUCAGAGACGAGCACUGCACCUUCAGCAGCACCAUGGGCCCUCAGGGAGAAGGAUGUGUCAUCCUGGAGCCAUGCGAGGGCACAGAGACGUACGUCAACGGGAAGAGAGUGAGCUCUCCCAUUGUUCUGCGAUCUGGGAACCGCAUCAUCAUGGGGAAGAGCCACGUGUUUCGCUUCAACGACCCAGAGCAGGCUCGUCUAGAGCGAGAGAGGACGCCGUGUGCAGAGACGCCGGUGGAGCCCGUCGACUGGGCCUUUGCUCAGAGAGAGCUGCUGGAGAAACAAGGCAUCGACAUGAAGCAGGAGAUGGUGCAGAGGCUUCAGGAGCUUGAAGAUCAGUACCGCAAAGAAAGAGAAGAAGCAAGUAACCUGCUAGAACAGCAGCGGCUGGACUAUGAGAGUAAACUGGAGGCUCUUCAGAAGCAAGUGGACUCUCGAUACCUGGAGUCUCCUGAGGAAGAGGAGGAGCCUGAAGAGGAAGUGCCAUGGACGCCACGUGAGACCGAUUUGGCUCUGUGGGCUUUCAGGAAGUGGCGUUUCUACCAGUUCACCUCUCUCAGGGAUUUGCUUUGGGGCAACGCCAUCUUCCUCAAAGAGGCCAAUGCUAUCAGUGUGGAGCUGAAGAAAAAGGUGCAGUUCCAGUUUGUGCUGUUGACAGACACCCUCUACUCUCCCCUGCCCCCCGACCUGCUGCCCCCCAGUGAGGCCAAAGAGAGGGAGAGACGACCUUUCCCCCGAACCAUCGUCGCCGUUGAAGUACAAGAUCAGAAGAACGGAGCCACACAUUACUGGACUCUGGAGAAACUCAGGCAGAGGCUGGACCUGAUGAGGGAAAUGUACGACCGUGCUGCAGAGCUCCCCAGCAGUGCUGUGGAAGACUGUGAUCACGCUCUGACCGGAGGUGACCCCUUCUACGACCGCUUCCCCUGGUUCCGUCUGGUUGGCAGGGCUUUUGUGUACCUGAGUAACCUGCUGUACCCGGUGCCCCUGGUACAUCGCGUGGCCAUUGUCAGUGAGAAAGGAGAGGUGAAAGGCUUCCUCAGAGUGGCUGUGCAGGCCAUCUCAGCGGAUGAGGAGGCCCCUGAUUAUGGCUCUGGUGUGAGGCAGUCGGGCACUGCCAAGAUCUCCUUUGAAGAUAAACAGUUUGAGAAGUUCCAGACUGAGACGUGUUCUGGUAGUCUCUCGCACUCCAACACCUCCCAGGAGGAGCUGCGGUUCGUGGAGGGAGAAGGACAGACCGCAGAGAUCGGAAUCUCCGCCGAUGAAGUCAACAACAACACCUGUCCAGCCGACAUAGAGGCUCCAAGCAGCCCAGUAAAGAGUUCAGGUCUGGCUCUGGAUCUUCCCCUGGACCUCUCCCCUGAGAAAGCUCUGUCCCACCUGAAGAUCGGCAGCACCUUCACCUUCAGAGUCACCGUCUUACAGGCCUCCAGCAUCUCAGCCGAGUACGCGGACAUCUUCUGCCAGUUCAACUUCAUCCACCGCCAUGAUGAAGCUUUCUCCACUGAGCCGCUGAAAAACACAGGCAGGGGACCUCCGCUGGGUUUCUACCAUGUUCAAAAUAUCACAGUGGAGGUGACAAAGUCCUUUGUGGAGUACAUCAAGACUCAGCCAAUUGUCUUCGAGGUGUUUGGUCACUAUCAGAAACAGCCCUUCCCCCCGCUCUGCAAAGACCUGAUCAGUCCCCUGAGACCAUCCAGGAGGCAGUUCCCCAGGGUGAUGCCCUUAUCCAAACCAGUGCCUGCCACCAAGCUCAGCACUCUGACUCGCUCCACCGCAGGACCUUGUCACGCCAAGUACGACCUCAUGGUCUUCUUUGAGAUCUGUGAGCUGGAAGCUAACGGAGACUAUAUCCCAGCUGUUGUUGACCACAGAGGUGGGAUGCCCUGCCAUGGCACAUUCCUCUUACAUCAGGGCAUCCAGAGGAGGAUCACAGUUACCAUUGUGCAUGAAACAGGAAGUGAUAUUGAGUGGAAAGAGGUGAAGGAGCUGGUUAUUGGUCGUAUUCGAAACACACCCGAGGCCGAUGAGACCAUCAUAGACCCCAACAUCCUUUCCCUCAACAUACUGUCUUCUGGAUACUUCUGGCCAAAACACAACGACAACGUCUCCUUGGGAGUUGAUCAUAGAACUUUCUACCGAUUUGAGGCAGCAUGGGACAGCUCCAUGCACAACUCUCUGCUUUUGAACAGAGUCACUCCCUAUGGGGAGAAGAUCUACAUCACCCUCUCGGCUUAUCUAGAGAUGGAGAACUGCACUCAGCCAACAGCAAUCACCAAAGAUUUCUGCGUGGUGUUUUAUUCCCGUGACACGAAGCUGCCGGCCUCUCGCUCCAUCAGAAAUCUCUUCAGCACCGGCUGCCUCCGGCCCUCUGAGAGUAACCGUGUCACUGGCGUCUAUGAAGUCACCCUCUGCCACGUGGCGGACAAUGGAAGUCCAGGCAUGCAGCGUCGUCGCAGGCGUGUGCUGGACACCUCGGUGGCGUACGUCAGAGGAGAGGAGAACCUGGCUGGGUGGAGGCCUCGCAGCGACAGCCUCAUCCUGGACCACCAGUGGGAGCUGGAGAAACUCAGUUUACUGCAGGAGGUGGAGAAGACCAGGCACUACCUGCUGCUGAGGGAGAAGCUGGAGGCAACUCUGCUGGCAGGACAGGAUGCGCUCUACAAGAGCAGCGACAUCAGCGAUUUUGCAAAGAGCCCCGUCCUCAGCCACAGUCCCGGCAGCAGCCCAGCCCUCGACAGCCCCAACCAGAGGCAGAGGGAGCUGGCUGCCAAGUGUCUGCGUCUGCUGAUGCACACCUUCAACAGGGAGUACAGCCAGGUGAGCAGCAGUGCCAGUGAGAGCAAGCUUUCUGAGAUGUCUGCGUCACUAAUGAGAGACUCCUCCUCCUCCGGUCUGAGCACACUCACUCCGUCCUCUACCUGCCCCUCACUGGUCGAGGGAAAUUAUGAUAUUAGACACACUGAACCCAGUUCAGGAGCUUCCACACCAGACCUGGACCCGUACAGCCCAGUGGAUAGAAAGAAAACUCUCAGAGGAUGCACCUUUGUUCCUGACAUACAGGAGAUUCGUGUUAGCCCUAUUGUGUCAAAGAAAGGCUACCUGCACUUCCUGGAACCCCACACCAGCGGCUGGGUGAAGCGCUACGUGGUGGUGCGCAGGCCCUACGUCUACCUGUACCGCAGCGAGAGGGACAGCGUGGAGAGAGCUGUCAUCAACCUGUCGUCUGCAAAGGUUGAGUACAGUGAAGACAAACAGACCUUACUGCGGACUCCCAACACGUUUGCUGUGUGUACUGAGCAUCGUGGGAUACUGCUGCAGGCCACCAAUGACAAAGAGAUGCACGACUGGCUGUACGCUUUCAACCCUCUGUUAGCCGGCACCAUCAGGUCAAAGCUCUCCCGGAGGAAGUCGGUCCAGUCGAUUCAGUCGCCCACAUCUGCUCCGAGGAUGUGAGAGGUGAACCCUGUGGAAAACAACAGACAAAACAAUCUAUGCUCCACUCAGCAUCCUGCUCUAAUGAACAUAGACCGUAUAAACAAACUUAUACAUAAAAGCGCUUAAAUAACCUUCUGUGUGACGACCGCCCCGGUCCCAAACAUCACUCGAUCACUCAUCCCUAAACCCAACCCUGUCCUUUUUCUCUUUUUGCAGUCACCACCUCAAACCCUGCAUGGAGUGCCCCCUUAUGACCUGUAGAAGACCCCAUUAAUAAACUCGUCUCUGCUGGGCAUUGGGACUUUGAUUAGCUUUCAUGCCAAAAUCUGUCAUCUGUGAGGCUACCAGAUCCUUGUAGAGAGUUAGUAUGUGGUCAUAUGGUAUGUGGUACCUCCUUCACAAAUAAUAACAAAAAAUAAGCCCCAGUUUUAAAUCAGCCAUCCAUGUAUUUUUAAUUAACGCCAUUGGGUGUGUGGGAAAUUUCAAAUAUAAAAGUGGAUUUCUUUGUAGAAGUGCAGGGAAGUGCAGGGAUGAUCGCUCAUUUAUUCAUCCAUUAUACACUGUACAUUACCUCAGUUUGUUGUUUGUGUCGUUUCUUUUCAAACCGAUUCAAUGAAAACUGAAAUCGU